CGAUCUAAGAAAUCCCCCGGAACGUGUCCCGUCCCCAAAAACCUCCUGAAAUCGUUCACCGGACUUCGUCGUGAUUAGAGAAAAUAAUAAAAUAAAAAUUACAUACAAAUUUGAAAAAUAUCAAAGUUCUUUGCGUCGACCGGUUAAACAGUGAAAUAAUGUAAUUCUGGAGGAUGAGAAAAAAAUUUAAUUACGUAUAACGAAGAGUCGAAAUGCUGUCGAAAAUUUUUAAUUGAUCGAAAUUUGUUUGCGCGAUUGUAACGUUUUAGGUAUUUGUUGCACAAGUGUUUACAGUGACGUACAGAAACUACAAAGACGUGAAUUACGAUAUAUAUAUAUAAUUACUCCUGAUCUUGAAUCGUAAUUUUUCGACAAAAUUUUUUUUUUUUUUUUUUAUUCAAACUUCGUCCUCUUCUCAUUAGGAAAAUCUAGUCAAAAUGGAAUCAAGUUUUCUGCGCGAAUCGCUCCUGUUUCUGGCUUUGAUCAGUUCGGUACUGUCAGCGACGAUCAUGGAAGAUUCAGAAAUCGAGUCAAUAACGGGUACCAGAGAACCGGAAACAGUUUCAACGACGGAAUUGACGUCCGGAGUCGCGACUACCGUCCAGUCCUUCAGAGAAUCGCGAUGGUAUCGACCAGGCGGACUCGCGAGAGGAGGCGACGAUCACGACGAUCACGACGACAUGCUGGAUUAUCACGAUGCCCAUGAUGAACACCACGAGGAAAAGGCCAUGGUCGAGGGAAAGGAGGAUUACUGGGGAGGUUACUACGACUUUCUCAUUAACGAGGGAAGCUACAAAUUCUGGGCCGUAUUCCAGCUCGGAACAGCGGCGUUGCUGAUUUACAGCGGUUUCGCAGCUUUGUACUACGCGAAGGUAAAUCCAUCGACGGACGAGGACUACGAGGAUUACUUCCUGCGGAGACGUCGAUCGAUCUAUCGACCCCCUCAAGAAAGGACUUUCCUCGGUCUGAGUCCCGAGGCUUUUCAAAGGAUACUGGACGCGGUGGCGAGGGAAUUUUACUGACUGUGUUAAAAACAUGUUAAACGUAUUCCUGGAUGGCAAUUUUUUACAACUUCUCAUUUAUCGGCUACGCAUAUUGUUCGCGCUUAUCAUCACGCGGUUCGAAUUUCUAUAAUUGUAAAUCCGAUACGCGAAUGUUAAGAAUUCAACGUGCAGUUUAUCACAUUCUAUACAAUAUAUAAUACGUUUAUUAUUAUACAUAUGGAUAGAAUGUGGCGAUAAAUUUCAGCACACGUCUGUCUAGGAUAUACAUGUUUCUAUAUAUUUUUCGAUUUACGUAAAAUGCGUUUCAAGACAGUAAAAGAAAA